UCACAGCAACGCCUGAUCGUUAACCCACUGAGCAAGGCAGGGACCGAACCUGCACCUUCAUGGUUCCUAGUCGGAUUCGUUAACCACUGGGCCACGACGGGAACUCCAGGAAAGAACUUUUUAACAGUGCAACCUACUGCUUUCAAGUGUCACCUUUCAGAGAAGAGGCCUCAGUAUUGCAGUAGACUUGUACUAUCACCGCUCCCUUAUUUAACAGAUAAUAUAUUAAGUCCAUCCUCGGCGUUCCCUGGGAGAAAAGUGGACAGUAGCAACAUUCCUAUUGAUCUACGCGGAUUUAAGUUCCUGAGGAUUUAGGGGACUUGUCCUAGAAGACAGAACGGGUCUUUGAGAACUUGGAACAUGACUCCCUGGAAAAUGACCCAUUUCUCUUUGCGUAGCUGCUGUGCUUGACUUCGGGCUAAUCACGUGUCGUGUCCCCGCAGGGCAUGGAGGGGCCAGUGGCCCGAGAGCUGCAGGGUGCGGAUGCGCUGCGCCGAUUCCAGGUGCUGCUGGACCGCCGCGGCCGGCUGCAUGGCCAGCUGCUGAGCCUGCGCGAAGUGGCCCGGCGUCUCGAGCGCCUCCGCCGGCGCUCCCUGGCGGCCAACGUGACUGGCAGCGCACUGAGCGCGGCCGGCGCGGUGGCCGCCAUCGUGGGGCUCUCGCUCAGCCCGGUGACCCUGGGGGUCUCGUUGCUGGCGUCGGCCGUGGGACUGGGAGUGGCCACCGCCGGAGGGGUAGUCACCAUCACGUCCGAUCUGUCCCUGAUUUUCUGCAACUCCCGGGAGCUGCGGCGGGUGCAGGAGAUCGUGGCCACCUGUCAGGACCAGAUGCGCGAGCUUUUGAGCUGCCUGGACUUCUUUUGCCGCGGGCAGGACCGCCGGGAUCGCCAGCUGCUGCAGUGCGGGAGGAACGCCUCCAUCGCGCUGUACAACUCUGUCUACUUCAUCAUCUUCUUCGGCUCCCGAGGCUUCCUCAUCCCCAGGAGGGCCGAAGGGGCCACCAAGGUUAGCCAGGCCGUGCUGAAGGCCAAGAUUCAGAAACUGGCCGAGAGCCUGGAGUCCUGCACCGGGGCUCUGGAUGAGCUCAGCGAGCAGCUGGAGUCCAGAGCCCAGCUCUGCACGAAGAGCAGCCGUGGCCACGACCUCAAGAUCUCUGCUGACCAGCCCGCAGGACUGUUUCUCUGAGAACGUCUUUUCCCCUUAAUGGCCGAGGCCAGAAACCAUCCCCAUGGGAUGCUCCAGAUUUGCAGCUCCCUCAGGAAAACACCAAGUUGGUUUAGGAGCUGAAUGCAGUGCAUGAGAAAAACUGUUCUUGAGGGGGAGGUGGGGUGGGGGUGGGGGGAGUUGGUAGCAAUGUGUCCUCCCAGUCCUUCCUUUCCCACUAGUGUGACAUCCUGCCUGGGACUGAGUGCUUGGGACUUUUUACUUGCCUGAUCCUGGAGGGAUAUGUGACCUGAAGAGUACUUUUCUUUUAUCAAAACUGUUGGGUCUUCGCACUGCAGGUCACUUCCGAUUUUAGGUAUUUGCAGCAUCCUUGCCUCUACCCGUGUUCCUGUGGUUUGAACCCAGACUGGAGAGGGUGGAGACCUGGCCACCCACUGGGUCUCCUCUGAGCCCCAUUAGGCUUUGAGGUCCUCAAAAUGCCUGUAAGAGGAGAGAGAAGCUUUAAUACCUCUCUGCCAGAAUCCAGAGCAAAUCAGACCCCCUCUGAACUGUGGAGGGUUCAGGACCAAGAGAGGCCCCUCCUGCUGACUUGCACCCUCUUCCCUCUUAGUGUGCCCACUCACGAUCCAGCCUGGGGAUAGAGGGGACCUUCCCAGAUGGCUUCAUAUCAGACAACCUUCUACUCUAAGAGGAGAAAACCAACAAAACGGUCAUCUAAGUCCCACCCCUUUGCAGGAAGAAGCAGAGGCCAAGGAAUAGGAAGCGACUAACAGCUUCAUUGACUGAUCUCAUAGUAUAGAGAAAGGGGCUUUGGUUUGUGAAUUAGGCCUGCGUUUAUUCUCUCUGAGACUUGGCUUUCUGGUCCAUCAAACAGAUGCUAAAACCUCACCCUAUUGGCAGGUGUUGAGAUAAAGUGCCAAGCACAGUGUCUGGGUCACAAAGUAUGGCCCCUGGCUGGGCAACAGUAGCAUCACUUGGGAGCUUGUUAGAAAGGCAAAUUAUUGGACUCAACUCUAGACUUAAUGAGUCAGAAAUUCUGGAGGUGAGGCCGAAACUUGUGUUUAAUGCCUCGAGGUGAUGUGACAGCUGCAAAGGUUUGCAGACUGCUGCCACAGAUGUUAGCUUCUGAUCCCCUGAUGAGCUUUCAAGAAGUCUGUAGCCUCUCUAGGGGGUCGGUGGUCUUCAGAGUCAUUCACAGAAGGUCAAGGACAGACUGGGUCCUGGAAGUAAAAGAAAGAAUGUUCAUGCUGGCAGCUAUGUCAAUGCACCCUGGGGCAAUUUCCCACUGGGUGAACUGAGGGAUGUAACAUAAUCAGCCCUUUAGAGGGCAGUGUUGCCCACUCAUUGUAGAAACUGGUACAGAAAGGAAUGUGAAUGGAAAUUGACCUUUAUAUUAUCCUCUCAAGAAAAUUCCUGACCAUUUUUUUUCUUUUUAAUUUAUUUUAAGUUGGUUAUUUAAUAAUUCUGUUUAUUAUUUGCAUUUAAUUUUAUUUAACCACAGUAUUAGAAAAUAAUAGGAAUGGCAAGUUUCUGAAUGGGAGACUACUGAAUUUCUUUUUAGGAGAUAAAGUUGAGUUUGCCUUUCUGAGAUGGAGCACAGGGGAAGAUGGCAUUGCUUUCUUUGAGUAAGUCUCUUUCUUUCAUAGAGGAAUUCCACCCCUCUUCUCCCUGCCCUUGUGUUUUCAAUAAUCCUUUUAAGUAAAGGUGGGAAGUUCUGGAUAGGGAGACCAGGAGCUGAAUUUAGGCUUGUAAAUGACUGUUUGUGACUAUUGAAAUGAUGCAAGCAUAUUUAUCCUGAAGGUACUUUUCCAGCAGAUAACACUUGCCCUGAAAAGCCUUUCCUAUUUAGUUCAGGGGAAAGAAACCCAAUUAGAGGAAUAUGAAGGAAGCACAUGGACUUUGGAAGCCUGAUAUCCCGUGAAGUUGGGUCUUAUGGGUGAUAGGAAAAUAGUUUGUUUUAUGAUAGUAAUGUGUAUCCAUUCACUUUGGGAACUGUAAGAAAUCUGUAGGCUCUAUGAAAACACUUCCAAUUUCUCCAGUUUCCAUUCCUACAACUGUAUUGUUGAAAAAUACGUUGAAAAAUCUUUGGGACCACACACAAAAAAACUUGUCUGGGUUAUUUAAUUAUUUAAUAUGCCUUAAAUUUACCCAGUUGACCCCCAGCCUUCCCCAUGAUGGCAUUGUGUCUGAGGAAGUGUGAUUUCAGUGCUGGGGAGAGGGGUUGGUGUUGCUACAUUUCUAUUUUUUCAAUAAAUGGCAGUGGAUCUGUAUCCUGGUUUAUUUUGAAGUUGCUACUAUUUUGCUUUGCUUUGUUUAAAAAAAAAAAAAAAAAAUGAGUGUCAUUUCUUAGAUUACCUUGCAGAGGAUGCUAGCAUUUUAGAUCACCAGAAUGUACUUCAUAUGGUUGUGUUAUGUUAUACAGGUACAGUCACUCCCUAACUCUGUCUUUUUUAAUGCUUGAGCCUUCCAAUGCCUGAGUUAUUCCCUAGAAAUACACUGGGCCUUUUGAAGGCAGCAGUGGUAAGCAUUUCCUAUCAUUAGAGCUUUUUUUUUUUUUUUUUUUUUUUUUUUCUUUUUCUGGCCUCACCUGCAGCAUAUGGAAGUUCCCAGGCUAGCGGGUGAAUCAGAGCUGCAGCUGCUGGCCUAUGGCAUAGCCACAGAAGUACCAGAUCUCAGCCUCGUCUGCAACCUACAUCGCAGGUCGCCACAACACUGGAUCCUUCACAUACUGAGUGAUGCCGGGGGAUCGAAAUGGCAGCCCCAUAGAUACUAUUCUAUUCGGGUUCAUUUCUGCUGAGCCACAAUGGGAACUUCCUCAUUAGAGUAUUCUGAGUGUAUCGACCUCUUAAACUCCUGAAGUUUAUCAUUUCAAUUGUCCACUUUACAUCUAAGGAAGGGUGUCUAUUUUGGAACAAUAUUUUGCAUAUAAUUGGAGCUCAGUAAAUAUAUUUGAAUAAUUUAGUGAACUACUUAGCUGUGUUAAUUGGAACUUGUUGAUAAUGAAAGAUCAUAUAUCCUUUUAUGUGUCUGUUAUAAAGAUGGAAGCCUCUACCAGGAUUUAAGUCAAGUUCAGUUAAAUGGAUCCUAGAGACAAGUAUUUUAUUUAUUGCUUUUGUGGGAAUGUGGAUAAGGCUUUUCCUUAAGGCCUUCAUUCUAUAAACAAACAGACUGAAAUUGUAUGUUGUAAAGGGAAGAGAAAAGGGUUUUUAGAUUAUAACUGUACUUCAGAAAAAUAUCCGAGUUUGAAAAAUAAAUGUUUACAUGAAAGGUUUAAGUGCUUGGUUUUUGCAGUUUACAACUGUUAGGAUUGUUUUCUUUCACAAUAAAGGAGAUUCAUUUGGUUCUGCAUUUCAGGGAUUCCAUCAAACUACAUUCUACUCUCUCUCUCUCUAUAUAUAUAUGAAAAAAAUCCUUAGCAAACAUUCAGAUCCUAAUCACUUUGAUGCCUUUGUCCUCAGGCACCUGUCAUUUCCAAUGUGGUAAAUGUUGAAGUCAAAAAUAUUUAUUGGGAGAAAAAAAGAGAGAGAAGAGCGGUACAGAAGCCACCCUAGAUCAGAUAUGUCAAACAAUUUGUCAACUUGAUAUAUUUUCCACUUAGUGCCUUGGUGUGAAAAGAAAGCAGAGGGACUAGAGACACUGAGAUAAAGACAUUGUACAGAGAUAAAUGGGGAUACAGUUAUAUGCAGCAAUUUUCGAAUUCCACAUUUUUUCCCACUGUAGCAAAAUCAGUCCUUUCCGCUUUAUUUAAAUAAAUUACCCAUUCUACAAA